AUUUUAACAGCAACGGAAACAAAAAAUGAGGUGAAACGCAACAUUUGUGAACGAUACGCAACAAGAUAAGUCGUGUAUAACGGCAGGAUAAACGGAACAACAAACGCGUUAACGAACAGCUACGGAACUGCGAUCCAACAUGGCCGAAUAAAAUGGACGAAAAUGACCUUCGAGCGCCUCACUCCACCAAUGACCUUGAUAAGUGACGGAUAAUUUCAGCCAAUCAGUUGGUUACAGUGAUAUUUGAUAUUGUAGCUGCGCGCGUAUGUUAAUCUAAGCGCUACUCUUUUACAACAUUUCGCUGCGCUAGAUUGUUGAAGUCGAAUAGCAGACUCUCUUCGUCUUCUUUGCAUUCUUGCUUUCACUUUAAGGAUUAUGUAAACACAUGAGCAUCGCUUGUCUUCGCAGCUGUAUGAGAAUAAUUUCGCAUAUACAAUUUAUGUUCAAAAAUCUAGAGUUCAAAACCACUUUUUUCUGUCUAGUUAUCAGCAAGAUUUGAAUCCCAAGGCAACAAAUCUGGCAACAGACAGCCAUCUUUAAUAUUUCAAUUUUGAAAGUUGUUAAUUCCCAACUGAAUUUUCAGAAGGAACAGCGAAAUGACUAUAAAAGUCUGUAAUCAGACAGCAUUUUGAACUAUUAAACCUACGAUUACUUAUCAUCGGCAAUGCUUUUGCAAAAUUAAUCGAACAAUUCAUUUUUGUAUAUAAAAAUACGUCCAUGAAUAAUGUAGUACUUGGCAGUAUUAUUAUCUUAAUUUGUAACAUUAUGGUAUGCAAUGUCAAUGCAAAUAAUUAUGUUCUACUCUCCAGUUUUGAUAAAUUAUGCAAAGAAAGAUAUGAUAAAGAAUUUUUAACAAGUUUUAUAGUUGAUGACAUAACAAUUCGUGAACAAUUGAUGUUAUCAUGGCCUGGAGAGUUAAACACGCACACAUUGGAGAAUCCUAAAUUUGCUAUAUGCCCUGGUUUGAUUAUUCAUCCUUCAGGUCGUUUUGUUAAAAGAGCGUUUCCAGAAGGUCUACUUGAUUUCACACUGUAUUUUGCGGUACAAGCACUCUUUUGGUUACUGAGAGCCAGUGUUCGAUUGACUUGUCCAACAAAUACUGACUCUAGUGAUUCCUUCUAUCUCCAAUUAGAUCAAUGGAUUGAUUCUUUAGAAUGGAGUACAAAACACUGGCGACCUGAUAUAUCAAAAGAUCAUGAAGAAGAUGUGACUGGUGGUUCCGCUGGUUUCGGUGAAGCACCUGAUGAUAUUUUACGUGUCAAUUGUUCUAGUGAAUUCGCUGGUCGAACCACUGAUUGGAGUUUAUCGGGUUAUUUACGCAGAAUACGUCUCACUUGGAAUUUUAUCAAUGAAGAAACAGAAGCAAUGCAUAAUAAUAGCAAUAGUUCUAUGGAAAAAAAUAUAAAUCUGUUGAAUACGUCGUCAUCCUUCACAUCGUCACCGGCUUCAACAUCUCUGAUAACCAGAGAUGAUGAUGAUGAUGAUGUGAAUUCAACACUACUACUUUCUGAAAAUAUUAUGCAUCAACCAAUUCAUUACCAAGUCAGGCAAACUUCUGGAAUUCAAUUUCUUGUCCGUAUCUCUUCACAAAUGCUUUUCGUUGGGAAUUUCUCUGUGGAACGCAAAAAAUCUUUAUGUGAAUUUUUCUCUGGAUUUUGGUGUAUUCAACCCUCUCCUACUUCUGCUACUGAUGUUGUUGGUCUUAACCAGAUAAAUUCAUCAACAUUAGCCAAUCCAAUUAAUAGUAGUAAUAAUAAUCCUUCUCUUCCUGAUGUUGUUGUUAUUGAUCAAGCAGUCUGUGUUCAAGCUACAAUGCGUUGUGAUAAUCUUCCCGAUUGUAAUUUAAAUGUUCCUAUAAAUCAGUUGAAUUUAUCACAAGAUGAAGCCGAUUGUGAAUUGAUUACACUAAUCAACUAUCAGCUGGGUAAUGCUUCUUCAAAAUCAUAUUUAUCAGAUAAGUAUGAUGCCUGGGUGUCGAAAUUGCCAUGGAUCGUUCUUGCUCCAGUCCCUGCAAUAUUGAUUUGUGCUUUAAUACGUAUAUGUACACAAAAGCGUCAACUCGACCUGAUUGAAGAUCAUCAUCUUUCUUCUAUGGACUGUUCAAUCAGGCAUAAUAACGCCUCUGGUCUAGGCAUAGAUCGCUGUGAUAAAUGUCAACAAUUACAGUAUAAAAGAUCCCGUUCAAGCUAUUUCCUAAUUGGCGGUCGAAAAUCUCGUAGUGGUUCCAUUGCUGGAGGUUGUGGUGGUUGUGGCGGUGGCGCUGUUGGAGGUCUGUCAAUGGCAUUUAAUUCAGUCAAUAAAUUAUCCAGCGUUCUUGAAGUUGAAGAUGAAAUCGAUGAUGUAGAUCAACGACAAGAACAACAGCAGAAGGCGGAGGAAGAGGAGAAUAUGUUAGCGAUGAAAGUGUUGAAUGUUAUGACCAAUUCAACAUAUUCUACAGCUGGUUUAAUUGAUUCCACUGAUGACAACAAGGUGUUGAAACAUGCUUAUUCAUUACCUGAAUGUGAUUUGAAACUUCCUUCCGGGGGAUUAUGCGUACAACAAGGCGAUGAACAGUCGUCUGGUCAUUGUCAACAGGUGGAUUGGUUUCCUCAAGAUCGUAAAUCUUUAUGUUCAUCUCUAAUAAAUGGAAAUUCUGCAUCAAAAUUCAAUCAGAAUCCCAUGGUUGGUGAUAUGAUAAUUUCCAAUGCCUGUUAUAUUGACACCGACAGGGAUAAUGGUCGUCCAACUACUAGCUCUGAGGAUAUUGAUGAUACUGUUAUCCAUUUCAAUAAUGAAGUAUUCGUUAAAUGUAGAAGUUAUAAUGAUUUACAACAGGCAAUGAUUCAAAAAGAAGAAGGCGAUCAAGAUAUUCAAAUGACUUGUUUAUCGUAUUCAUCGCAUCUUAAUGAUGCUGAUGGUGAUGGUGAGCAAGUGUCUUCUGUGUGUACCUCUUCUUCAUCUUCUCUAACGACUUCUGCUGCUACUGCUUCAUCUCUUUCAUUGUCAUCUCCACAAGUAAAUCUUUCAGGAUGUGAAACAAGUUGUAGUUCUGAUAUACCUGCAUCGUUUGUCAUCUCAUCUAAUCCAGAUUUAUGUAUACAAUCCUUAUCGUCGCCACCGCCAUCCCCUUCAUCAUCCACUUCAAUAGUAUUAUCAACACUUCAAAAACAUUUACUCCAAUCAAAAAAAUAUGCUAUGAAUCGUAUUCAUCAUCAAUUCUUCAUGCCAUCGUCUUAUCCUGUCUCAAAACAUGAUCAUAGAAAUAAUUCUACUACUAACAGUAGUAAUAGUAGUAGAAGUAAACUGUUAUUAAUGGAAUCUGCACAAAGUAUUGAAGACAACAGAUAACGUCGUCUACUUAUAAAUUCCUUGAUUACGCACACUGAACGGUGCAAGAAAACACCUGUUUGUGUGUGUGUGUGAGAGAGAGACGAAUUCAGAAAUAACCGUGAUAUAUACUUCACUUAAUCUUCCCCCCCCCUCUCCUCAACAUUACACAAUCAAGUAUCUUUUACCCAAUUAAAGCAAACAAAACGGCUUCCAUACUUGACAAAUGAAUGAUAAAGAGAGAGAGAGCAAAUGGAACUAAAUGGCGCGUAACAAUUGCAAUCAAUUUAACUAUCUUUCUUUCUUUUUGGAUUGCUUUGUUUCCUCCUUUGUACACGUCAACAUUAUCUGUCACAUCAUCCUUCCUUCCGUCCGUCCUUCAGUCCAUCCAUCCAUCCGUCAUGAUGUAUGAGAUGGUUGUGAUAAUGACAAUGUUGAUGUUUGUUAAUAUUUAUUGCAUUUAUUACAGCAUUCUACUUUAUAUUUGUGUAAUUUCAUUUCCACAGAGAAAUGGGCAUUUAUUAGCAAAUUAAUGACACCAUUCUAUACCAUUUUGCAUUUAUAUAUAACACUAUUAGAGUUAAUUAAUAAAAAUAAUGUUUUUACCAAAUGUGUACAUGACUUCAAAGUUUUUUUGUGAAACUAUAUGUGUAUACUACUGAUUGAUUGAUUGAUAUAAGUAGUAGUUGUAUUACCACUCACA